AUGCGUCUGAUAAUUCUCGAUACGGCCGCGUACGUCGGCGAGUGGUCGGCAAAGUACGUGAUGAAGCGCAUCAAUGACUUCAAGCCCGGCCCAGAUCGCUACUUUACGCUCGGUCUGCCGACCGGGUCGACGCCGCUCGGUAUGUACCGCAAGCUGAUCGAGUUCCACCAGCAGGGGCGCGUUUCCUUCAAGUACGUCAAAACGUUCAACAUGGACGAGUACGUCGAUCUGGCGCGGGACCACCCGGAAAGCUACCACUACUUCAUGUGGCACAACUUCUUCAAACACAUCGACAUCGAUCCGGUGAACGUGCACAUCCUGGACGGCAAUGCACCCGAUCUGGUGGCGGAGUGUAACGCGUUCGAGGAGAAGAUCAAGGCCGCCGGAGGGAUCGAACUGUUCAUCGGCGGUAUCGGACCGGACGGCCACAUUGCCUUCAACGAGCCGGGGUCCUCGCUGGCGUCGCGGACGAGAGUGAAAACACUGGCGCAGGACACGCUCGAGGCGAAUGCACGGUUCUUCGGGAACGACAUCAGUAAAGUGCCGAGACAAGCGCUAACGGUAGGCGUCGCCACGGUCAUGGAUGCACGCGAGGUGAUGAUUAUGAUCAUCGGCACGCACAAGGCGUUCGCACUGUACAAAGCCAUCGAGGAGGGUGUGAACCACAUGUGGACCGUCAGUGCCUUCCAGCAGCACCCGCACACGAUCAUGAUCUGCGACGAGGAUGCGACCCUCGAGCUGCGCGUCAAGACCGUCAAGUAUUUCAAGGAUUGCUACAAACUAUCGGCCGACGGGUUCGAGGAGGCCACCAUUCCGAAUUGAAUGUGUGUCGGGCCGUUUCUUCGUUUGUUUCACUCCUCUUGUUUGUGUGUCCGAAGCCUGCGGGUCGAUUCAUGCUUUAAUUCACCGUCACCAGAGAUCGUUCACGUGGGCACCACUUUUUAUGGAUGCAUCCGAAGAAGCGUUUGCUGGAAAGUGUCCGCGCCCUGUCGGGUCUCGGAAAAUAACCCGCUUUGAUCUCUUCCCCGUAGGGCUUGAUGGACGUACACUCG